GGACAUAUAGUCUUAAUAUAGGCAAACGGGAUUUGUUAUUAUUGGGAAUUAUGUAAAAAGCCACACCACGAGGAAGAGCUAACCCAAUUAUUCAAUGCAACAGAUUUAUUGGAUGAAUAAUCUACUGCUAUGGAUGUAUAGUUGACGAAUUACAUGGUACCAGUACUGACCGCAAUUCACCGUUGUUUCAUGCGAACAGAAAGCUAAAUGUCUCGUCCCGUCAACGCAUCUGUCAGCAGAUAGAUUGGGGUGUGUUUUGAUAGUCCGCUGUUUGGAAUGCCAAAUAUAGUGCGAGUCUCGCCUACAGCCGUGGUCUUACGUUCACGGUCACACAUGUACGGACUAACAAAUUUCCCGACACAAACACGGGACACUAUUUACGUUUUACCUGUUGUUCUAUUUUGCACAAUAGCAGUGGCAUCCCAAGAAGUGACGGACAUCGCGGCCAAAGAUGAUGAUUUAUGUUAUCCGUGUUUGGUAAAUGGCGAGGGUAUCUGCCUUGUAUGGGCAUUACGAUGUGAUGGUAUUGACCACUGUGAUAAAGGUAGUGAUGAAGAUUUCGAUCUUUGUUACGGAGAUAGUUGUCUGGCUGUGCUGCCAGACUUUCGUCGUUGUGAUGGGAAAAAAGACUGCAGAGAUGGUAGAGAUGAGUAUUACGAUGGUUGCCAUGAUGACGAAGCUACCUCGUCAUCAUCAGUUUUUGGAAAUGCAAGUGUUGCUGUCGCUGCAAGUUUUCUUAUCGGAGUUGUGGUUGUAAUUACUUGGCUUUAUUUUCUGUAUAUGUUGCUGUUGUCGGAAAAGCCGUGA